UGAUAAUAUAGAAACUGAUAUUUUUGAAGCAAAGUCACAUUUAGAGAAUCAAGGAUAUCAGGGACAGUUGCAGAGGCAAUUAAAAUCGUUAGAUCUAAUUGCCAAUAUUGGAUGCCUCGAUAUAUUCUUAUGGACCAAAGCGACGUUGAAGCUAAUGCAAUUGUACCAUUCAUACCAUGCGAACAUGGAUGAGGAGAAUCUAUGA